GGGCGGGAUUGUCUUGAUCUGUUGUACCAUGGCUUCAACACUUCCGGUAUUUAUCAAAUUGACCCCGAUGGUACUGGAGACUUUCAAGUCUUUUGCGAUCAGGAGACAGGUGGUGGCGGCUGGGUUGUCUUUCAAAGGCACAUUAAUGGAACUCACGCCUUCGAAGACAAAAACUGGGAUCAGUACAGGGAAGGAUUUGGCAACUUAUCUAGUGACUUCUGGCUAGGUAAUGAGAAGUUGCAUCUACUAUCUUCGAUGAGGCAACAACUUAUGGUAGAGCUUGAGGACAAUGCAGGCGAGAAAGCGCAUGCGUUGUACAACCAUUUCGCUCUUUUAUCCGAGAGCGAAAAGUACGAACUUGAAGUUUCUACAUACUCUGGUACAGCUGGAGAUGCACUUUCCGAGCACAAUGGCAAAAGGUUUAGCACUAUUGACCGGGAUAAUGAUGGAAGCAGUAGUUUGGAUUGUGCUUCCACGUAUGGCGGAGGGUGGUGGUAUUUACAGGACUGCGUUCGCGCUUUACUGAAUGGUAUAUAUACCACUUCUCCGAAUGGAAUAGUAUGGGAGGACUGGAGAGGUGCGAAUUAUCAGCUGAAACAAUCUGCAAUGAAGUUACGGACGCGUAGAGGUUAGUAAAGCGUAUAGAAAUAGUGAUGCGCAGUCGAUGUUUGAAAACUAGUAAUUCUAAUAGAAAUUUUGUUUAAUGAUUAUCACCAGAAACUCAUAAGAGGUUGAAACGUGUAACUCUCAUAUGUUUUCUUUGUCCGGUGCUCGUGAUUAUUCGUUUUCGAAAGUACCAUAUCUGGAACGAGAAGAAAAGAUAACUGACCAAUCAAACUUCGUAAACGACGUGACGUAAUUGUACUUCACGUUCCCGCGCCCGCUUAAAAAAAUGGCCGACAAACGGUGGAAAAACUGCCGAAAGCCGUUGAAACUAGGAAGCUUUCCGAAAUAAGCUGAAAUACUGAGAAGGAAACUCGUAAGUUUUUGUUAUCAUCAUUAUCUGUCCACUCAAGAACCUUUUUAAUAACUGAUUUUCCUGAUGUUACAGAACGACCGUGGGAUUACUACCUAAGUUUUUCUGGAACAUUAUCUCAGGGAUUCGCUUCUGUUCCAAUCAUCUUGGAAUUUAACACCUUCACCGUUUCAUGGUGGAUGAGAGGUCUGAUGGCUGAAAGAUGGUCAGCGAUAUUUUCGCUGCUUAACUUACCACAAGCCAAAUACCUUGAGUUUUCUACGAUGGGGAAUAGACAUUGCAGAAUAACUUUAGAUACUAACGUGAGGUGAGUAAACUGCUAGAAAUGAGUCACUUACUCCGGCCACUGAUAGAGAUGCAUGCAAUGAAAUUCGUGUUAAAAAGUGACACUCUCAAGCUUCUCAUUUCCAUACUAGAGAAGAAAACAAACUAAAUAACAGAUGUUUUGCCUCAGAUAAUUUCCAGAAAAUCUAAUUUUGUACAGUUGUAGUUUAAAUGGAACGACCUUACUAUACAGUAUGAAUCCUUAAAUAUGUACAAGUAUUUGCUGGUGCCAUACAUCAUUUAAGAGGAGAAACAAAAAAAUCAGAGUAAACAAAAAUUUUUCCAAGGUAUUGUCCAUUCGUGUAAGUAGGGCAAAGAAACUGAAAAUGUUUCUACUCAGUAGUGUAGGGAAGAAAAUUAUCCAGAUAAGGUUUCUUAAGUAGCCUUUCAGUUAUUUGCUUUCUUGCGCGGGAUCAAACCUUUGACAAGGAUUUCAUUUAUUUCUCAAUGGUUUGAUUGGUCACUCCCAACAGUUAUCAUGACUCAAGCCAGAGCUUUAGUGGUAACGACUGGCAUCAUUUGGUGUUGAAAUGGGACGUUAUAUCGGGUAACUGGUCUUUCCUUGUAAACAACAAACCUGGCUUCAACGUUUUUGGUCCGCCGCGUGCCAUUCCUUACCCAGGAGGCCAUCUGGUCCUCGGCCAAUCUCAGAACAGCUCCGGAGCGGUAGAGAAAGCGGAAAGUUUAAGGGCAGAUAUUAUGGAAUUCAACAUGUGGGAUUAUAAGCUGACUGACGAAACGAUACAUGAUCUGUACACAAGCUGUAGUAUUCAGUUAGGCUCCUUGAUUGCUUGGCCAGAGGCUCAAAUACGACUGCAUGGUGAUGUUAAGAGGGUUGAAUUUGCAUUCGUAUACACUUUGCAACUUUCAAGUUUUGUGAAGAGAUUUACAAACUAGAAUGAUUCUUUUUAUGACGUCUUCUUCUUUUUUUAGCGACUUAUAAUUGGCCGCUAAACCGGAAAAACCACCUUGAUCUCCCUGAAAUAUUGACUUCAAGGACGAGUGCAUUUAUACAAGGCCCCACAACAUUCUUUGACACGAGACUUAAUGUCAUCAGCAGAGGCGCAUAUUCCUAUGUUAGCCUGGGAUCUUUUCAAGGAGAAUGCUUGGGCAAGAUGGACUUUUGUGGGAAUGGCCUCUCAAUCGGCUUUUGGAUGAGCUACAGAGGUACAUUAAACACCGCAAUCUUAUCAAUCUUAUUCCGAUCGAAGCGAGGUUUAUAAAUUUGUCGCGCCUUGAUCGCACAGCAAAGCAGAAACUCGAGUUGCGCGUAUAUCUAUAGAUCUCUUGGUUGUCUGCAGUUGACGCCAUCCAGUUGUGACAUAGGGUGCGUGGGGCAUUGGUCAAGGGUCAAUUUUCACUUAUAGAAAACUCGGGGAAGCGAGUUCGAAUCCCGGCGAAGCCAUACCAUAAAAAUUUGUACAUUUUUCCCUUUUUUUAUCAUUUUUCCUUUUCCAUGAUUCCCUUUAUUCUGUUCUCACUGCUGAUCCUUUAAAGCUUCGCGCGGAUUUUGCGAUAAUUCAUUUCUAGUUAAUAAGUAAGGGGGUGUUUACAAGUGAAAACUCGCACCUACGCGAGUUUCAUACCGGGAUGACUUCCUUUUUUCGCAUCGCGUUUACAUGAAGACAUGGUCAUUUCAUACCACGUUUAUAUGAAGGUACAUUUCAUGUCCACAAUAUAAAAUGCUAUUUAAAAUCGCAAACAGUACGCAUGCGCUACCCGUUCCAGUCUACCGGUAGACCGAUUUUACACCGAAACGAGUGGUCCUUUCGCGUUUACAAUACCGUUGCGAAAUUUUGUACCGUAGUGAAGUUCUCCCCCACUUUCUGGCUAGAUUAGGAGCUUGCAACCUGAUAUUGCACAUCCAUGUUGUGAUCAAUUGGCAGUUGUCAAUUCAGGGUAUCCGCUGACCAGUAUCAAAUGACCGUAUUGCAGACCAUCGAGGUUACGUGUUUUUUGAAGUUAGUCGCUGACAAGUUACUUGCCACUCGCCUUGGCUAAAUAUAUAUAUUAAUCCCUAUAAUUUUGCCCUAUUUUUUGGAAUAUUUCAGUGUAUUUCGUUUCUGAAAUUUUGGGUCUGAACGACGUGUAUCAAGAUGCCCUAAGAAACUGGCUUAAACCCUUCAUGCCAAUAAACAUACGGUGGCACAUCUGCUACAGAGCAACCGACCAUGGGUUUGGAAUGGAAAAAUUCCGUCAGAAUUGUAACCUCAAUGAUUUGGCGCCAACACUAACAAUACUGCAAGUUGGACGCUACGUGUUUGGUGGAUUUUCAGACAAACAAUUUGCAGGUUCGUAG